AUGUCUGAGAUCUUCGGACCGAGCGAUUCGUCUGAUAAAUCUUUGUCUCACGCAAGUCCAUUCAACGAUAGGACCCGUGGUGGUGGUGGUAAUGCCCCUAUGCAUCACCACGAGAGAAGUGAGUCGAGAGAUCGAGCUGCCACUGGUAUCAGUGCGCCUGCCGACUUCACUCAAGAGUCCAGGGACCGAACUGUCCUGCGCCACGCUCCUCAAUUGGAGUCUCCUUGGAUGCCAUCUUCCAAAGCGUUAGAUCGAGUGGCCGGCAUGACCAACAAACGGGAUCGAAUCCGGUUGUUUGACUGUAUUAGGAUAUGUCCUCCUGAUUCCAGCUCGGAAACUGUCCGUGCUGAGGAAGAGUUCUUCACCGAUGUGUUCUUCAAGCAUCGAUGGUACAAUGGCAACCGUGGUCGCGACGGUAAGUCCUUAGUGCAAGGAUGGAAUGCCUUCAUCCAUAACAUCGAGUGUGCCGUGAGCCCUGGCUCGGUAAACUUGAUGCAGCUUGCAUCAUGUCUGAGAAGUGUAACCCGGUCGCCGUACGAUACAAGUUGCGCCGACUGUCAAGAGAGGCAGUUACCCCGUCUCUCGUGGAGCGGUCCACGUCCAGGUUGCCUGGACAACUCGAAUCGUUUCCAUAGGGAGGCCUACCUCCCUAAUGUUCCCUACUGA